AUGAUGCAAUAUCAGAAUAUUUGGAAAAAGUCUCUCUUGACUACACAAAACCGGUUUUUCUCUAAUUCUGUCUCAAGAUUGGGGACCAAUGGUAAAAGAAAGGCUACUGGUGUCGUAUUCAUGAAUAUGGGUGGUCCAGCCACACUCCAUGAAGUACAUGAUUUCUUAUACCAACUAUUUGCAGACUAUGAUCUAAUUCCGAUUAGCAAGAAAUAUCAGCCAACGAUUGCCAAAUACAUUGCCAAAUUCCGUACUCCAAAGAUUGUAAAACAAUAUUCCGAAAUUGGUGGUGGAUCUCCAAUUCGUAAAUAUACUGAAUAUCAAGCUAAAGAAGUUUGUAAAAUCUUAGAUAAAACCAACCCAGAAACUGCUCCUCACAAACCAUACGUUGCUUUUCGUUAUGCUAAACCAUUAACUGAUGAGACUUACCAAAAAAUGUUAAAGGAUGGUAUAACUAAAGCUGUAGCAUUUACACAAUAUCCACAAUUUUCCUACUCCACAACAGGUUCAUCGUUAAAUGAACUAUGGAGACAGAUCAAGAAGUUUGAUCCAGAAAGAAAGAUCAGUUGGUCUACUAUCGACCGUUGGCCUACAAACGAGCACUUGGUCAAUGCAUUUGCUGAAAAUAUUAAACGAAAGCUUGAAGAAUUUCCAGAAGAUAUAAGAAGUGAAGUUAUUUUGUUAUUUUCAGCACAUUCAUUACCAAUGGACGUAGUGAAUACUGGUGAUGCUUAUCCUGCUGAAGUUGCCAGUACUGUAUAUAACGUUAUGGAAAAACUGAAAUUUAGCAAUCCUUAUAGAUUAACUUGGCAAUCACAAGUGGGUCCAAAACCAUGGUUAGGAGCACAAACCCUAGCUAUUUCUAAUUUUUUGUCUCCUCAGUCUAAGGGCUUGUUAUUUAUUCCAAUCGCAUUCACUUCUGAUCAUAUAGAAACCUUGCAUGAAGUGGAUUUAGGAAUCAUCGGUGAGUCUGAACACAGAGCAAAAUUGAAAAGAUGUGACUCUCUUAACGAUAGUCCAACAUUCAUCAAAGCAGCUGCUGAUGUUGUGAGUGAUCAUUUAAAGAGUAAUCAAUUAUAUUCUAAGCAAUUACCAUUAGAUUUCACCUUGGGUAAAUCCAAUGACCCAAUUGUUGAUCUUUCUGAAGUUUUUGGGGAUCAUAGCAAGAACUAA